AUGGCCGAAAUACCCACCCAGCCACCUUCCCGUUCACUAAAAGAUAAAGUCGCCAUUGUCACAGGCGCGGGCUGCUUUGGAGAUGGCAUCGGCAAUGGCAGGGCGAUAUCAAUCAUGUUGGCCAACGAAGGCUGUAAUGUGAUAUGCCUUGACGUGGAUCUGGAAUGGGCAACAAAGACGGCUGACAUGGCCAAUCAAAGCUCAGCUACCAGUAAGGCGAUACCAGCACAAGGAAAUGUCACAAAUGAAAAUGAUUGUGAGAAGUCCGUCAACCUUGCAAUGAAGGAGUUUGGUCGUGUGGAUAUUCUUGUCAACAAUGUCGGCAUAGCAGGCGCCUUGGGGACUGCUGUUGAUGUGGAUAUGGCCAAAUGGACCAUGGGACUUGAGGUAAAUGUUUCAAGCAUGGUUUUGAUGGCGAAGUAUGCUAUACCCGCAAUGGCUAAGAACGAUGGCGAAAUCAAGGGGUCUAUUGUCAAUAUGGGGAGUGUAGCCGGGCUGAAGGGCGGUACACCUCACCUCUUGUAUCCAACCGCAAAAGGGGCCGUGGUAAACAUGACCAGAGCAAUGGCCGCUCAUCACGCCAAAGACGGUAUCAGAGUGAACUGCGUGUGUCCAGGAAUGCUAUAUACACCAAUGAUGUAUGCUAAGGGCAUGUCAGAAGAGUCAAGGGAAGCGAGGAAGGCGAGGAGUCUACUCGGGACUGAGGGUACAGCUUGGGAUGCUGCCUGCGCUGUUGUCUUUCUGGCAAGUAACCAUGCAAGAUGGAUUACGGGAGCUAUUUUGCCAGUAGACGCUGGGACAACCGCUGCAGUCGGAACGAACUUGCCUGCUGGUGCAAGCGUGAAUGGUUGA